GGUUGUGAAAUCAUUUUGACAAAUUUGAAAUUGUUUCCUAGUUCUACUUAAUUUAAAGAAAUCUAUAUACACAAUUAUUAAUAAUGCACAGGGAAGAUAUAUAUUUAACAUAUUAAGUAAAUAAAAUACAAUUAAUAUGAUAUUUAAUAAUAAUUAAAAACUGGAUGAAGAAAUGAAUAUUACAUACAAACAAAUUUAUUACAAAUUUAUUAUAUAAAGAUUUAUUAUAUAAUAUAUUAUAUAAAAUUAUAUAGUAAUUGACAUAAUAACUAUAAAAAAAUUAUCGAAAAUGACAUUGGAAGAUGCACAAAAUGCAGCGAGGAAGGCAGUACAAUUUGAUAGUCAGUGUCAAUACAGACAAGCUUUAUAUUAUUAUAAUGUAGCUAUAAAGUUUCUUGUAGAAUUGCAAGAUCCUGUAUAUGAUCAAAAAGUUUCUGAAUAUCAGGAGAGGGUAUCAAUUAUACAUAAUCUUAUUAGUGAAGAAGAACAGAAACAUCAUAAGGCACAAACUACCGAUCAAUCUAAGUUACAAAAAUGUAAGUUUCUUAUGAACCAAGCACAAGAUGCGGAUGAAGCUGGUUUAAAAGAUAUCGCUGUGAAAUUAUAUACAGACGCUGCUGAAUUAGGACUUAGCAUGAAAAUUACCGAUAUAGAGGCAAAGGCUAAAUUAACAGCUCUUAUAAAGCUUGCACUUGAUAGGGCAGAAUCUUUAAAAGGUUUAAAAACAGUAAAUAGUAAUGAUAUUCUUAAAACCCUUUCUAAAUUACCUCCUGUACCCGAAACAAGUCUGGAUGAGGAUAUAGACAAAACAUCAUAUACAACUACAACAACAACUGCUACAAGCUCUAAUAACACUGGGAAACCAUCUCGACCAUCACUUCUUCAAGAAAGUAGUGCACAUUUGAAAGUGAGUGGUGGUAGUACUAAUUACACAGAGGAAGAGAAACGUGUUUUGCUUCAUAGUUCUCAUAUCAAUGAUCAUAAAUUUGUACCUUUCAUGAUUACUGAUCUUACAGAGAAGUUUCAGUAUGCUAUUCCAUUUACUGAUGAAGAUGGUUUAUUAGCAUUAGCACCAAAACAAAAGUUUGAUUUUGCAAAAUGGUGCCGGCCAGAAGAAUUAUUCUCUGACCCAAAAAUGCUUAAAACAUCUCAUGUUGAUUACUACAGUAUAAAACAGACAGUUGUUUCUGAUUGUUCCUUUGUUGCUUCUCUUGCAGUUAGUGCUCAGUAUGAAAAAAGAUUUGGACGCAGACUUAUCACCUCCAUUAUUUAUCCAAAAAAUAGAAAUAAAGAACCAAUAUAUAAUCCAUUUGGAAAAUACAUGGUGAAACUACACAUUAACGGUGUGUCACGCAAAGUUAUAAUAGAUGACUUAUUGCCUGUAAGCCGAUACAACCAAUUACUUUGUUCCUACUCUAGCAAUCAUGGUGAGCUAUGGAUUUCGUUGCUCGAGAAGGCAUAUAUGAAAGUAAUGGGUGGUUAUGAUUUUCCUGGAUCAAAUAGUAAUAUAGAUUUACAUGCUUUAACUGGCUGGAUACCAGAGAGAUGGGCUAUAAGGCCUGGCGAACCAGAUUUUAAUGAAGACAAUUUAUUUAAUGUAUUAUUAACACGUUUGCACAAAGGAGAUGUAUUAGUAACAGUUGCUACUGGAGAAUUAUCUGAUUUGGAAGCUGAUAGAACGGGUCUUGUACCAACCCACGCUUAUGCUGUUCUCGAUGUUAGAAGAAUAAAUGAUGAAAGAUUAUUACAACUUAAAAAUCCUUGGUCACAUUUACGAUGGAAAGGAAAUUAUUCUGAACUUGAUAGAGUACAUUGGACAAGUGAACUAAAGAAAGCACUAAAUUAUGAUCCAGAUUCUGCGUCCCAAUUUGAUAACGGAGUUUUCUGGAUUGAUUAUUUUAGCAUAUGCCGAUUUUUUGAUGUCUUUUAUUUAAACUGGAAUCCAGGUUUAUUUAAUUACACUUAUUGCAUUCAUCAAAUGUGGAACUCAGGAAUAGGACCAGUGAAAGAUGCAUAUAAUAUCGGUGAUAAUCCUCAAUUUUUACUAGAAGUGAAAAACCACGUUAAUGGAGCUAUAUGGAUUCUUCUUACCAGACACAUUACAGACAUAGCAGAUUUUAGGCAAAAUCAAGAAUAUAUCACAGUAUUAGUUUAUCGAAAUGAUGGAAAAAGAGUAUAUUAUCCUCAUGAGCCACCGCCAUAUAUCGAUGGGGUAAGAAUAAACAGCCCACACUAUCUUUGUAAAAUAAAACUAGAUCCUCAAAGUGAUACUCGAUAUACUCUAGUCAUAUCGCAGUAUGAAAAAACAAAUACAAUAUAUUACACUUUACGCGCCUACGGAUCUUGCGAAUUCUCAUUAAGGAAAAUACCAAAUUUUUAUAAAUAUGAAAAAGAGCUUACUGGUCAAUGGAAAGAUAUUACAGCUGGUGGAUGUAGCAAUCAUCCAACAUACCAGAAUAAUCCACAAUACCAGUUAAUCUUGGAAAGUUCAAGUAAUAAUAACUAUUUGCUGAUUAUACUGAAGGGACCUAAACAAUAUCAAAUAGGAUUUGAUAUUUUAACAGUUGUAUUAAAUGAUUCAGACGCACCUACCGCAUUCAAAGUAAAAAACUCUGGCCCAUUCAGAUCAGGAUUUGUUUACCUGGAAUUAGAGGAUGCACCAGCAGGUACAUAUCACAUUAUUCCAUCGACAUAUAUCCCUGGACAAGAAGGACAUUUCUUUUUAAUUUGUAAAUCGUUUUGCAAAUUACAACUUCAACAUAUUCAGUAACGAAAUUAUCGUCUAUAUAAGCUCUAUAUAAAGGAGGAUUUUAAUAAUAUAUUGUACAAUUAUUAAACAUAAUACAUAGGUGUUAAUUUAAUUGUAAUAUAUAAAAGAGGAAUAUAAAAUAUUUAUAUUUGCUGUUAUAAAAUCGUUGAUGAAUAUUCUUAUGAUUAUUGCAUAUUGUACAAAGAUCAUUAAUGCUAAAAUUAAUGUUAACAAAACAAAAUGCUGUCGACAAAAUGUAAGAUAAAGAAAUUGCGUCGAGGAUAGUGAGUCAAUCAUUAGAUGAUGAAUUACAAAAUGUUUUUAUUUUAUAUUUUAAAAAUACAAAUUAGUAAUCAGACUAGACAACUACUGACUGAAUUAUGAAAAUUUGUGGCACUUUAUCCAUAAUUAAUAUUUGUUUGAUGUGUUAUGAUUUGGCACGUACGUAGAUAAAUUUCGACGCAUAUAACUCCCAAACACUUUAAUUAGCUACUUAAUAUUCUUUGUACUGUUCUUAUAUAAAUACUAGGAAGUAUUACUUUUUAAUCAAUAAAUCAAGUGAAUACUAAACAGCAUUUAUGUAAAGUAUUCAAUGAAAAUGCAUUUAUACAUACAAUAAUUAUUUUUAUACGAAGUAUGUUGAUGUUUCAUCUACAUAUCAGCACAAUACAUAUAACUUUGUGUUACAUAUAACACAAAGAAACGCAUCAGGAUUUUUUGUAUUCGUAUUUUUUAUCUAUCUAGUAAAAAUUAAUUCUAAAAUAUUAUUUCUAAACUUUUUCAAUAUAGCUUACAGUUUACUCCAAUUUUUCUAUAUUAUCUUACAUGUUUCUCUAUUUUUCCAAAUACAGUAAUAUUUGAUAGUAUAAAGAUACUGUAACUUAAUAACAAAAAUGCUGUUCAAUUAAUUUACGUUUAAUGUUUGUAUUUUAUUUUUUAUAUUGACUUAAAUUGCAGUCAAAAUCAUAUAGCACUUUAACACCUGUAUGAACAGCUUAUAAUUACCAUUAAUUGUAGUAUUAUUUUAUUAACAUAAUGAUAACUACAAAAUAAAUAAUUAGCAAUUUAUAUGAAGUCAUGAUUUAUGAAACAGAAGUUGAUUAAAACGAAAAUAUAUUUACAUAAUUAACGACAGAUAAAUUAUAAAAAAAUUAUGAACAAUUAUACAAAGAAAUAUACACGUUACAAAGAAACAGUAAUAUUACUAAUUUAAAAUGGAAUUAAUAUGAAAAUUUAUCGAGUGAAGCUGUUGUAAUAUAAUAAUCAUUAAUAAUAGCCAUUCCUGCUUUAUAAGUAUGAUUUAGAUACACAUAUACAAGGCACUAUUGUCAAUAAUACAGAUAAUCAUUAUUAUUAAUUCGAAAAUAUUAAAAUGAUAUUAUGGUUUCAA